CUCCCCCAGGCUGUGGAGCCAUGGCUUGGGGCCAUGGGGCCACACUCAGCCUGGUGCUGCUGGGGCUUGGGCUGGCCCUGGCCAUCAUUGUGCCUGCCGCGGUCCUCUCCCGCCACCAUACCCCUUGUGGUCCCCAUGCCUUUGCCCAUGCCGCUGUAGCUGCUGACUCCAAGGUCUGCUCAGACAUUGGACGAGCUGUUCUGCAGCAGCGCGGCUCGCCCAUGGAUGCUGCCAUAGCAGCUCUGGUCUGCACUGGUGUUGUCAACCCUCAGAGCACAGGCCUGGGCGGAGGGGUCAUCUUCACCAUCUACAAUGCAACCACAGGGAAGGUAGAGAUCAUCAACGCCAGGGAGACGGUGCCCGCCAGCCCCACACCAGGCCUACUGGAUCAAUGUGAGCAGGCCCAGCCACUAGGCACAGGGGCCCAGUGGAUUGGGGUGCCCGGGGAGCUCCGGGGCUAUGCUGAGGCCCACCGCCGCCAUGGCCGCCUGCCCUGGGCGCAGCUGUUCCAGCCGACCAUUGAGCUGCUGCGUGGGGGCCACCGCGUGCCCCUGGUCCUCAGCCACUUCCUGAACAACAGUUUACUGCGGCCUUCCCUGCAUGCGUCAUCCUUGAGGCAGCUCUUCUUCAAUGGGACAGAGCCCCUGAGGCCUCAGGACCUACUGCCGUGGCCUGCACUGGCCACAACCCUGGAGACCGUGGCCACAGAGGGCGCAGAGGUCUUCUACACCGGCACGCUGGCCCAGAUGCUGGUGGAGGACAUAGCCAAGGAAGGGAGUCAACUGACCCUGCAGGACCUGGCCGCGUUCCGCCCUGAAGUGGUGGACGCCCUGGUGGUGCCCCUGGGGGAUUACACUUUAUACUCACCACCACCACCAGCAGGGGGCGCAGUUCUUGGCUUCAUCCUCAGCGUGCUGAGAGGGUUCAACUUUUCUGCGGAGUCUGUGACCAGGUCUGAAGGGCGUGUGAACAUGUACCAUCACCUGGUAGAGACGCUCAAGUUUGCUGGGGGGCAAAGGUGGCGCCUGUGGGACCCUCGCAGCCACCUGGAGGUCCAGAACGCCUCCUGGGACCUGCUGGGGGAGGCCUUGGCCCAGCACAUCCGCCAACAGAUCGAUGCCCGGGGUGACCACCCUCUCAGCCACUACAACCUGGCCGGGGCCUGGGGUCAACCAAUGGGCACCACCCACGUGUCGGUGCUGGGGGAGGAUGGCAGUGCUGUGGCCGCCACCAGCACCAUCAACACGCCCUUUGGCGCGAUGGUAUACUCCCCGAGGACGGGCAUCCUGCUCAACAAUGAGCUCCUGGACUUAUGCUGGAGACGCUCGCUGGGCUCUGGCAUCACCCCUCAACCUGGUGAGAGCAAUGGUGAAUGUGGGCAGAGGUGGGGAGCUCCAGGAGGGCACUGGUUCAGAAGCAAUGCCUAAGCAACACCUGUCUGGCCUCCAGUUCCAGGUGAGCGGCCCCCGUCAUCCAUGGUACCCUCCAUCUUAGUCAACACAGCCGAGGGGUCGAAGCUAGUGAUCGGCGGGGCUGGGGGGGCGCUUAUCAUCUCUGCCGUGGCCCAGGCCAUCAUGAAUAAGCUGUGGCUUGGCUUUGACCUGAGAGCAGCCAUUGCAGCCCCCAUCCUGCACGUCGACAGCAUGGGCCGUGUGCUGUAUGAGCCCAAGUUCAGCCAGGAGGUGCAGACAGGGCUCCAGGACAGAGGCCAGAAAAAGACCAGUAUGCGCUUCUUCCUGAACGUGGUCCAGGCGGUGUCCCAGGAGGGGACCUGUGUGUUUGCAGUGUCGGACCCAAGGAAGGAUGGGGAGGCCGCAGGCUACUGAGGAGAACUACUCCACAGAGGGCCGGGCUUUGGCCCUAUCAUCCAUCCUGGGCCAAGGCUAGUCAUGGCCAUGUCUCCAAGGGCUUCAGCUGAGUCUGUAACUCUAAGUUGGGGGGCCAGCCUGGGACUAGAAGAGACGGGGACCAGCUGGGAGGGAGAUGACUGUGGAAGUGAGCCUCCUCCCUGAUCCCCUCAGACCGCUUCCUGGCCUGGCUUUGACCUCUCUAGCCUUCCCCAGACUACUCACCCAGGCCUCCCAGCCCAACCCUCUGGCUUAGUCUCCCUCUGUAUAUCCUCUAGUUCAAGAUUAAAUCAAAGGCCCAAUUCAGGAGGCUCUGAGUGGGGAAGAGUCCUCAGAAAGCACUGCUUGUGGGUGAGCUCCUAUUGUCCUCCACAAUGUUCUGCCGUGAGGAAACUGAGACUCAGAGAUGGGCUGGGCCUCGCCCAGGCUGCCAGCUGGACAGAGACAAGGCCCACUGCAUCCUGUCCACAGUAUUUGCUAAGUGCAGCAGCAAAGCUGGCAAGAGGGCCAUCUGUUGGGCCAAAGUCAGGAGUGAAGCCCGGGGUCUUGUCCCUUGUGCCAGGUAAUGUUUGGAAGAAGCAAGACCUGAGCUACCUGCAACCCCAGCAGCCCACAUUCUCUAGACCAGGGUCCUCACCUUCGUGCUAUUGACAUUUUGGGCCAGAUAAUUCUUUGUGGUGGGGACUGUCCCCACCGUAGGAUAUUCAGCAGCUGCCCCAAUGGCAAGUACCCUUAUCUCCACAUUCCACAAACCAAACCCACCACCAUCAAGUUGAUUCUAACUCAUAGCAAUGCUAUAAGACAGAGUAGAACUGCCCUAUGAGGUUUCUAAGGCUGUAAAUCUUUUUUUAAUUUAUUUUAUUGUACUCUAGAUGAAGGUUUACAGGACAAACUAGUUUCUCAUUAAAUAAUAAGACAUAUAUUAUUUUGUGACUUUGUUUGCCAACCCCAUGACUUUUCCCUUCUCGACCUUGGUUUCCCUGUUAC